CCAGUCUUCCCUUCCUGCUCUUUCAUAACAAAUGGCCGACACCGAAGAAAAGUCGAUUUGAGGGCUGAACACAGUCCUUGUUCAGAUGAUUAUAGCCUUUACUUUCGCAUUUCUUACUGGUGCUUUUUCUGUGCUUUUGGUGCAAGCCUUUCUGUUGUACAAAUGGUGGAGUUCUAAAGAGAGGGAAGCCCCGAAAUUAAUUGUUCAACAUGAAAAAGUGGCGAACCCAAAGUUGGUUGCAGAAUGUAAGAAGAAUGGAGGUCCUAAUGAACUCUCCUUUCUAAAUCUUUUGAUCCUGUUUAUUUGGGAAGAAUGGAGAGACACAGAGGCAGCCAAGAACUUUUGCCUCAGAAGGCUCAACAUGGAGUUAUCAGAUUUGAUGCGCAAUAAGACCGCAGGGCGGGUGAUAGAGCAAAUUACAAUACAGGACAUCUCGCUUGGGUCUUCUCUACCAGUCAUCAAAGGAGCAUCUGUGGUGAACAUAGAAACAAAAGGCCCCAAUGGCAAUCCCCAUGAACUUGACAUUGCUUUGGAUCUGGAAUAUUCUGGAGGCUGCCAUGUUGCCAUUCAAGUGGACCUUCUCUUUAAUAAGUCGGCAUAUUUUUCUGUUAAGAUGGUGUAUCUCAAAGGCCAGGGCAGAAUUCGGUUCCAACAGAGCCCCUGCACUCACUGGUCGUUUUCUUUUUAUGAGGAGCCUGAACUUGAGUUUGAAGCUGAAUCCCAUUUUGAAGGCAAGACCAUUCCUCAGCUUACUUCUCUAAUUGUCAAUCAUCUGCGGCGAUCAGUUUACAAGAAGCACACCCUACCAAGCUACAAGAUUCGCUAUGCACCCUUCUUCCGCCCCAACAAACCCCAAGAUGAACAGCAGGAGAUUCACCUUCACAAUAGCCUUCUGACUGUCGGCAAGCUUGCUGUGGAGGUUGUCGGGUGCUCUAGAUUGCCUGAGUUCGAGGGAGGUCUGAGUCUAUACUGUUCGCUUUCUGUGGAUGUGUUACCAUGGAAACAGCUGGCUGAGAACAGUAGGGCUUUGUGGACAUCCUACGAGGUUGAAGUUACUAGAGAAACAAGCAGUAUCUCCUAUGGCAUGACAUUAAUUAAGGAAUACGGGAAUACAGAAAUGGACAAAUUCAUUAUGGUUGAUGUGAUCACGCCUAAGUCGCCUGCCGACCUAGCAGGCCUGCAUAAGGGUGAUGUUCUUAUCGCGGUUGAUGGGCAGAAGAUAGAAUCUCUGAAACAGGCCGCUAAACUGAUCAAGAACAAAGCCAAGUUUUCUGCAACAAUCCAGAGGCCUCCUUCUAAAAUGCCACCCAAAGACAAAAUAGAUGGAACAUCGGUGAAAUGCAACAUUGUUGCCUCAGAGAAUGGAAACAGUAAUCCUAAUGAAGACUUUGUAGAUAUCAUCAUGGAUGAAUUGAUCAAACAUUCUGAUAUCAACACAGGGCGUGAACUAAGGCAAAGAACCGGAAAAGGUUCAACAAAACAAAGAAGUUCCACAUUAUCAACAAUAUCACCAAUAGAAACCAAAGAAACUUCCAAAAAUGUCACAGAAGCAACAAGGCCAAUAAGAUCAUCAACAGUAGCAACAGAUGGAAAACCAGAAGUCUCCAAAGCUCCAGAAAGAUCAAGGUCUAUCAGUCCAGAGUCAAAACCCUCAACCCCUAAACUCUCAGAAACUGGUGUAUCAAAAGAUGAUGCAGUACCUAUGAGUUUUCUUAUUAGACCAUCAACAUACAGUGAAAGGCCCGGAACAAGGAAGACACGAGAGGUCCCAUCUAGCUUGGAGCCAGCAUGGAAUGAGACCAUCAUCUUUGAUGUGGAGAAGAAGGAUAAGUACCUGAACGUGUGUGUGUGGAGCAAGUCACAGGACAAGCUGGACCUUCUCUUGGGAUAUAUCACAGUCCCCCUCAUGGAUGCUGUUGUGCAGUGUCAGAUGGUUGGUGUAGGAAGACAUGACCACACCUAUGUCCUAGUGUCCCCCCAUAUUGAUAGAAUCAUUGCCAAUCGGCCACAGCUUCGGGCACACCCAGGGCUUAAGGAAGAGUUGUGUGGCGGUGACAUCAAGCUCAUAUUUCGCCACUCCCCCUCCCUAAUCGGUAGCGAGGAGAUGAUCAUAGACAAGCAGCAAGAACUUCUCCAAAUCGCCUCACAGCUUGAAGCAAACAGAGAUGACACUAGUGAAAGCAUGGAACAGCGCGUAGAACAUCACUUCGUAUUGACUGAAUUCUACUUUCCUACACGGUGUAACUACUGCAGCAAAAAGGUGUGGACCAAGGUAGCGUUCUUGUGCCGGAAUUGUGCGCUCAUUUGCCAUAAGAAAUGUUUGGAUAAUUGCAAGCGCUUUAGUAGUUGUCUGAGAAGUUCUAAGGAGAAAUCCCGGUGGUUUUCCAAGAAGCCCCCACUUUCAUCAGAAAGUGAAGAAACUAAGCCGGAAGUGUCGUUACCGGAAAUGUCCUCGCCAAACGAACCGGAGGCCCCUGGGACAGAUCAAGCAUCCUCAUCAAAUGUCGACCAAUCAGAAACAUGCGAGAAAGAGAGGGAUGGGGAUCAAGGCGCAGAGGAGGCGAAGGUUGUGUACAAGGACGAAGGCGCCACAGUGAAGAGCGAACCCAAGUCGCCGACAAGGAAAAGCAAGCUGAAACUGUCUUUAACUGAAAAGAUAAAAAAGGGCGCGUCCGAAGACGAGGUCCGGUUAUCGGACAUGGAGGUGGCGUCCAUGCAAGUCCGAGAGGUUGGUCGCGAGCUGUUUUCCAACUUACCCUUUGAAGCACGAAAAAAGAAACUACAAGAGAUGAUGGCAAGGCUUCAGGUCGAGAUAGAUGAAGAGAAUGAGACAAGAACAGAACUGUACAAGAACAAGAAGACUUCGAAGGACAGGAAGCAGAAGAAUUACAUGGACACAUUGAUCACCAAAUCAGAAGAGCGGAGCCAGGCGCUUGCGAUGCUUAUGUUACAGUACUGCGCGGGGAUGCAAAGCUGUGCCGAUGCCGAGGAGGAGGAGAGCUGCCAGUUGUAGUAUCUUGAGCAACGGUGUUGGCUGUACCCUAGACACAUCUAAGGAGAGCAGUGUUGAAAAUACAGCUAGCAUAACUCAGACACAUCUUAGACUAGUGAUGUACAUAAUAUUGUCAAUUUAAACUACAACUCUGACACUUAAGACCCUGUCAGACGUAGACUUUUCGUCUGCAACAUGUCUCGCAAAAACAUUUUUGCAGGUCGCACGCGCCCUGUCACACGUGAAGUUUUUCAUGCGAUUUGAAGUUUUUUGUAGAAAGUAGAGUUCUACUUUCGUGCGACUUAAAAGAAAGAAAAACAAGUUGCAAAGGGGGUGUCACACGUAAGAAAACGCGCGUGCGACUUGCAAUUAUUGUUUAGCGAGACAGGUCGCAAGAGAAAAAACGGCCUUGAAAGCCCUAAAACUGUGUUGGUGGCACCGUGGCUAUUUCUUUUUUUGCACUACUGAAAAUUUAUCAUUACGCAACAACAGAAGCAUAAAUAUUUGUAAUUCUUAUAUUUAUCGAAAUAUUUUACUCUCCAAGACACUGAGGUGUGGGCACGCUGAACUUAGUAUAUCUGUCGGUAAUUAUUUUCUUUAUUAUAAAUAAAGGUACAAAAUGUGAUCGCGCAAAAUACCCAAGAAGUCGUGUCCUUUAAACCAGAGUCUUUUACCAAAAACUAGUAUUUUUCUAGCCGAAUUUAUCGUAAUUUGUCUUUAUUAUAAUCAGUUUUAAUUAAUACUGGGAGUCGAGGUCUAAAUAAAGACAGUAUCGAUUACCACUAAGAAUUGUAGCUAUAGACAGCAUAUAUACUAAAAACACAGAUUCACUUAUGUACAGCCUCAUUUCUUUACUUAUCGCUAAUGUACAACCUCAUUACGAUAUUUUAGUGAACAGCUUCGGUCAGCAGACGCGUCAAAAUAUUUUUCCAUGUUGGAAAAUUAAUUUAUAUUUGGCUUAUUUGACAGUUAUAGUCAUGAGUGGCACGUGGUGAAAUAAACUUAUAAACGUCCGCA